CGUGGAUUUUGUUUACAAAAUGGCGGACGGAGUACCAGAAUUAGACGACAAAAUUUUGAGCGAUUUCUUAUCGUGGUGCGGUACGAAUGGCUUAAUACUAAGCAAUAAGGUUUGUAGGAAGAAGGGAAAUUGUCAUCUUACUUUUAGUACUUCCUAAUCUUUAAAAUCGAAAAACGUUCUAACAUUUUGUGCCUUCGAUUAAUGAAUCACUUUUUUUUUAAGGUGAGAAUUGGACUUCAAGGAUCGUGUCACCGUUAUGGCAUGGUAGCGACCGAUAACAUAGAGAAAGAAGAAUGUCUAUUUGAAAUUCCUCGAUCACUUCUGUUGCAACCCAACACUUCGUCUAUCUCAGAAAUUCUGGAAACUUUAACAAAUGAAGAUCAGCUUAUUUCAGAGAGGGGGUAAACUCUUAAUAAUUGUGCCUUCCAUGUUUUAACGUUUUGGUGAACUAUGUAACUAAACAGAUUAAUCCAGAUAUUCUUUGAUUAGCAUUAAACCAAUAUACACUAUCCGUUUCCCUUCCCAGCAUUUCCAUAAAAUAAGUUCGAUGUAUGAACAUUCAUAUUCUCCUUAGUGUUCAUCCUCCCUCUAAAGAGUCGAGGAGAGAGGGUUUCCCACGUGAAAGUGAUAGGGAUGCUUAUUAUCUCGCUUUGGGUAGAUAUUGCAGAAAUUGGUCUGACCAAGGGUGUUCCAGACAGUAUUUCUACCCAUAACUCAAGGCGUCACCUAUAACCCUGGUCAAAACGUCUUGGGACACUUGAGGAAAUUAGGCACAAAAACGCACCUUGCUAAAUUAACUCAUAUUAUACCUCUUAAAAAUGCUUGGGGAUGUUGUUAUAAGGGGUUAUUUCUGUUCCCCUCUCCCCCAAGCAGUGUUGAUUGUCUUGAAUUAAAACUUGAAUGCAUAACAUCAACACUGCACUGGGGGGGAAGAGGGGGAGGGAUGCCUCAACUGUUGCAUUAGUGUCCCAAGAGUUUUGACCAGGGUUGUAGGGUUGUGGAUAGACAAAUAUGGGAUCAUUGUAUGUUUCUGGGGUGCACACCACCUCUCCCCUCCCUGAGAUGACCUGUGCCUUUCUAAUACAACUGGUAUUCUGGUAUUCACUUUUAAAAUUUGUUCAUGUCACCAGUCAGUUAUGCCAUUCCUUAGUUGUGCCGCCCUUCGUAAGAAAAACCCUGAGCACUUACCAUUUGUAGGGAAAUUUCGGUAAAAAAUUUCUGACCAAUGGUACUGGACUUGAAAACGUUUCUGAAAUAAGGAAUGUGUUGGAGUUGUACCAUUUGCAAAACACCAGAUAACGAGUGAGCCUGGGUUAAAACAAAUCAUCUUCCCUCUUAGAGGGAGCCUGGCAUUCAUUAAUCAGACAAAUAGUAGAAAAAAAUUUGGUCGUCUAGGUAGUAAAAACGGGAAAAAGGUACAGUAAUACCUUGAAAGGUAUUACUUUUUUUUCCGGAAAAUUUCCACUGGGAUGAACCGUUCCAUUUGAAUUCUCCCCGAAGUUACCGGGUUUUCCAUACAAAAGUUAAGUGCUCCCUGGAUCCACCCCUGGAUUGACUGAUUAAUGAUAAUGAUGAUGAUGAUGAUGUAUCAUUCAGUUUGCCGAUUGAGGUGACCAAAAAUAGACUAUUGAUACAAUAUAAUUAACAGCUCCUAAACAUCAUGCCCCCCAAAUUUUCUGCCAGUUAACUGAUAUAUUAUUAUACUAUUACUGUCUAGAUCUGGCUGGGCUCCUCUUCUUCUUGCCCUCAUGUAUGAAUACACAAAUCCUACAUCUCACUGGAAGCCAUAUCUGAAUCUUGUUCCUGACGUUACUGUUCUUGAUCAACCCAUGUUCUGGGGAGAGGAGGAGCGCCAGAGAGAACUUGAUGGGACUGGGAUAGAGGAUGAUGUUGAAUCUGAUAUACAUCGCAUUGAAGAGGAGUACAAUACUAUUGUAUUGCCGUUCAUUAAAAAGCACAAGCAAUAUUUUAGGUAAGUUUAAAGAAAUAGUUGAAAUUGAACCUUGCCAAAUGGGAAGACCAUACAUGUGUUGAUUGAUUGAUUGAUUCACUUUUAUUUGAAUACGGUAAUUUCAUAAGUUACAUAACUUCUUUACAUGAAAGCCGUAUAGAAACAGAAGUAAAUACUGUACAACUACACUAAAAAUAUGUACAAAUAAUAAAAUACAGUAAAAUGUAGUCAACAGUUUGCCUGCCUACUAGCCAGUUUUCUUUUAAAGAUAGCUUUAGAUUCGGACGCUUUUAUGUCAUUUGGUAAUGAAUUCCACAGCAUUCCUCCUCUGUAUGAGAAAGACCCUUUAUAAUAUUCUGUUUUUGGAAUGUGGUCCAGUACAACAUUAUAUAUUCCUUAUUUCUUAGCAUAGACUUGUAAGGGUUGUUCUCACAGACAUUCGAGAAAAGAUCGCUUAAGUAACUAGGUACAUUUCCAUUCACUGUAUCAUACAUUAAUAGACUUAAGUGCCUUUGAUGCCUUGAGGCAAGCUCUUCCCAGUUUUCGUAUUUGUGCUGAACGAACGUCAUAACCUUGAAGAGAUAUUAUGCAUGCAACACGAUUUUGUAAUUUCUGGAUCCUAGUGGCAAGUCCCUGGUCUAAAUUGUCCCAAACAACGUCGCAGUAGUCGAACACAGGCUGGAUAAGAGAUUUGUAAAAUAAUAGUAUUUAGAACAUCUAAUGGUACAUAAUCACUUGCCUGUUUUAGACCACUGAUGGAUCGAUUGACUUUUGAACAAAGUUUGUCAACAUGCUCGUUGCAUUUAAGAUUUUCAUCUAAGUGAAUUCCUAAAUAUUUUGUUGUUUGGACUCGUUUAACAUGAUUGUUGCUAAUCUUAAUUGGAAAGUCUCUUCCUAAGUUAGAUAAUUUGAAGGUAGUUGUUAAGAACAGUCAUAUACUCCGUUUUAGUAACAUUUAAGCUUGACUUAUAUGCAAGAGGCCAGUCCCUAACACGAGUUAGGUCAUUAUUUACCUUGGCAUAUAGUUCAGCAGUGGAUACAGAGGACGCAUAUAUCGUGGUAUCAUCGGCAUACAUGUGUGUGCUUUGGUAUGGAGAAGACAUCCAGGGAGAUCAUUGAUAUAUAUUAAAAACAACAAAGGGCUUAAAAUUGAACCCUGUGGAACUCCACAACUUAUCUCUAAGACAAAGACAGGUUUACAAAUUGAGCCAUACAAUACAAUUAGCUAAACUAAACUCUACCAGAUCAAACUCCUAAAUUCUUGGUAAUAGUAAUCUAGUAACAUCAAAGUACUUAUUUCAAUUUAUUAAUAAUGUGUUGUCCUUUAAUAGUGAAUCCUGCCACACUAUUGAUUUUUAUAAGCACAUGGCAGCCUUUGUAAUGGCAUACAGCUUCACAGAACAGAAACCAGCCAAUGAUAAUGAUGAUGAUGACGGCGAUGAUGAUGAUGAUGGUGAUGACACUAAUGAUGCAGCUCCUGCAAUGGUGCCAAUGGCCGACAUACUCAAUCACAUAACAAAAAAUAAUGCACACUUAGAGUUUGGUGCUAAAACAUUAUCUAUGGUUGCAACACAAAAUAUUUUUAAGGUAUAGUGUUUAAUUCUUGAUAUUAGUGAUUUAUUUAAAGUGGGGUUAUAAAAAUUAAAGGAUACAGUUGACUCUCUCUCAACAGACACUUCUAUAAGGUGAACACCUCAAUUAAACAGACAUCUAGUGAUAGCAUGGGAAAGAGAGGGCUGUAUUAGAGACUGACUACAGUACUAUUGAAAACGGCAUUAUGUCAAAUUGACUUGAAGAAUAUAAUUUGAACUGAAGGAAAAAUGCCAAUCUACCGUACAUGUUCUGAUCACUUACACUGUAAUUUCCUAAAUCACCUUUCAUUCCUUUUAGGGGCAAGAGAUUUUUAACACAUAUGGCAAACUUGCAAACUGCCACUUGCUUCAGUCCUAUGGUUUUGUGGAAGAUGAAUUACCAAAUCCUUAUGAUAUGGUAUGGUGAUAAUAACACAAAAAUAUAUUCAGUUGCUAAUGUAUUUAUCAUAAUAAUAUUAUUACCCCACCCCGGGCAUGUUUGCAGGUUUCACUGUACUGCCAUAUUAUAUGGGUAUGGUUUUCAAACAGUUUACUCUGGGAUAGGGCAUAUAAAUCAGGGAGUUGGGGUCAAGUCUAGACUAGGGAAACCAGGAAUUACCACUCAAAAGUAUAAAAAGUCAAAUCGGUUUUGUUUUGGCUGGACUGUGGUAGUGACCUCAGUAGUUUCUGGAAAACAGCUACUCUAGGAUAGGGGGGGAUUUGGGGAGUUUAGUCUAGCAUAGGAUAGUAAAGUUCAGCUGAACUAGCUCUAGUAUAGGCAUAAGGUUCCAGGAUAUCAGUGGCACAUCCACACCCCAAAAUUCUUAAAUUGCCCCGCCCCCUCCCCCCCCCAGCAAACAUGACCCUUGGUACCUAUUAUUUUGGUGGUUAACGGUUGUCUUUGCAAUGCAAGUUUGUAGAGAAGUUUUUUAAAAACCUUUUGUUUUAAGUACACUAUUCUGCUGUCUUAACAAGAAAAAGACAUAUGGUGCCAGAGUAUGCAAUCUGAACAGUAAAAGAUAACUUAAAAAGCAACCUUCAGAGACAGUCCACUGAACAGGGAAGCUUUUUUCCUUGGAUAUGCAUUUUUUUUAAAUUACACACUUUAUUAUUAUUAAUAAUCUACAUUUACAUAAAGUCCAUUUCCGCCCGUAAAUAGCAGGUGCUAGGCGGGCGGAGAUAAUAGGUACAGCAGUCAGUAAUAAAUUAAAAAUAAAUAGAUGAAUAAAUAAAUAAAUAACCAGAUAUAUAUAAAUAAGUGAAAUAAAGUCUAAACAUAAAUUAAUAACAUUUACAAAAUUAACUACUUGAAACUCGUAAAAUUAACUCCAACACUAAAUUAAGAUAUGAUACUUUAUAAAUUAAACUCUAUAUUUGCUCGAUAGUUAGCUAUUUUUUGAAGCAGAAUUGGCGAUUCAACAUAAUUGUCUGGGUUCAGUUUCAUCAUCACUUUUGUAGACAGGAAUAACUUUCGCUUGCACUUGCUUUAAUUUGGAUGGAAAGAUGCCUGCUGCAUUCCAACAAGUAGACUGUAAAGAUCUGUUUGCAUAUUUUAUGAUUAUGUGUUUUGAAUGUUAUUGACUGACUGUUGUUUUUCCGUUCUCUAAAAAAGGUUGAGGUUCCUAUCAGUUCAUUUUGUGAGGUAAUGAAAUCAUGCCAGCCCCCAAAGGAAACAAGAUUUGUGGAUGCCAAGUUUAAAUUUCUGGAGGAAAUGGUUAGCAUGCAUAUUGCAAUACUCAUUAUACUGAUAUUUUAAUAAUGUAAUAGACAAGGGUCUUAGAUUAUUUUAAAGCGACAAGGGAGCAAAUCUCAGCAGUAGGAGACAUCGAUCUUAAAGCAAACUUCAUGACUGGAAAUGUCUUGAUUGCAGGUGGAGAAGGGGGGUGGGGGAAGAGGAAGGUAGGUAGAGAGAGAAUUGCAAGGCUAAAUAUUUUGCAGAACAGCCAAAUAGUACAUUUUACUUCAUUGUACAUCAAUUGCAUGAGUGGAAACAUGGAGGCUCUAUUUUCCGCAGUCCUCUUGGGAUGGAAAAAUGCUAACUUCUAUUCGUUUUGUUUCUCUUUUGUUUGACUGACAAUUAUUUAUCUAUUUUUGGUUUGAUAUAAAAUAUGCAAUUUCCCCCUCCUUAUUUACAUUAAAAUAGGCGAUUUUCUUUCCCUUGAUAUACUUGUAAAUGAGCCUUGUCUCUCCUUGCGUUUUCAUUUUUAGGGCGUGGCAUCAGAGGAUGACAUUUUCCUUUUCGGAAGAGAGGGUUGUUCUCAGUUUGGUCCAGAUUUGUAUGCUACUUUGAGGGUAAGAAAUGUCAGUGUUAGUGUUGACUCUGACUCGACCCUAGUUUUCUUUUAAAUGCACGUGGUGCGAGAGCUUGAAGUUUGAUUGGUAGAAGGAAAGCAUACUGGCAGGGUCUUCUCAUCAUCUUUCCCUCCCCAUCACCCAUUGCUUUCUCACCACUUUGCGUUCUUGCAUCACGCGCGUUUUGAAGACAUCUGAGGACGAGUAAGGUGUAGACUAACAUUGUAUUACAUAGUGAACACGUAAAUUUUUUUUAACGUUCCAUGGAAAAAACGUUCACUUAUGCGCAUAUGUCAAAUGGAAGAACAUCUCCAGUGUUCAAUAAUUAUAUAAACCUAGCACAACCCACAAGUGGAUCGCAACUCCUCAGUGGAUUCCCUGAAACGAAAAACUAGCGCUCCAAUUGUCAGCCUUCGAAUCUUUUUACGUUAAUAAAUUCACCCUUAAUCAACUGAGUUCAAAAAAACAUUGAUGUUUUACACGCCACCAACCUCGUACCACAGUUUCUUUUGAAACAGAACCUCUCAUCAUUGAAUCACUCAGAUGGUCAAUCUGCCAGUCAGCCAGCCAGCUACAACGUAGCUAAAUCAUCAUCAUCGUUCGGCCCUUUCCUUCGGGAUGCUUUGAACAAUGAAGAAAAUAAACAUGGCCACUUUUUUUUCAUAGGAGAAGGGAUUGAAUAAUCUCAUUCUUUGCUCGUUAGUCAGCUGUAGCCAGUAAGUCAGUCCGUGGAUGAACCUUUUGACCAGUUUUGGCUGCGUUUAUUUCUGUCAGCCAGUGAACCAGUGAAGUCAGUUACUCGAUCGAAGGACUCCAUGCAAAAAAGGUCGGGUCAAUUUAGGUAUCAGGGAAACUGCCGACCUACCCCUCCCCUAAUCCAACAUUAACACUUACUUCUCUCUUAGAGCAAAAUGUUGGCUUAGGGGAGGGGUAGUUUCCCAGAAACCUAAAUUGAUCCACAUGGUCUCCUCCUAAAAGGAAACGGGGGAGAAGGGGACUUUCGCGCUCUUUCCACGCACUCAAGAAAAGAACGCCUGAUCGCAGGUUAGGGAGGAACGUUUUUUAAUGUAGCUGUUCUAUUGAUCAACUGACUUUACUGUUUGGUCAGUCCAUCCAUGUACCGGAAUAUUUUUCUUGAUUACUUCUGGAUUCUGGCUGAAUCAUUACCUAACUUUCUUCAAAUGUGUUUGCAGAUCUUACAUUUGUCUGAAGUUCAGUUCAAGAAGCUUCUAGAGGAGCAAUUGCAAAUUGAAAGGAGCAACGAAUUUGAUGACAUCAGGCAGGUCUUGGAUCAACAGGACGAGGACAGCAGGAAGGACUCUAGUUGGAGAAUAUUGGAACUUAUUUUUAAUUCCGAAAAUAAGAACAAGAAAAAGAGAAGGAGAGUGGAUGAUGAGAAAUCAGAGGAAAAUAAGAAGUCUAGAAAGGAACUGCUUGCGUCUGGAGAUUGCAACCUCGACGUAGUUUCAGAAAAUAAUUCUCUGAGUAAAAAUGAUAGUGAGAAUGGCUCAGUAAACGGUCUUGCAGAAAGUGGGAUUCUUAAAAAGGACAUGAUCCUCUCAACCAACAAAGCAGUCAUUAGGCCUGCUGUGGACGGGAAUUUGACAGAGUCAAAAACAGAGAAUGUGACUAACUGUAAGUCUACCAAAAAUGGUCGUGCAAAAGAAGGAUUAGAGUCCUGCAACAGAGAGAGAGCUGGUAAUGGUCACGUGGUGAAAAAUGUUAGAGGGGACAAUGACGUUGAUGAAGUUGAUGAUGAGAUGGAUGAUGAUGAUGAUGAUGACGGGGACAAUGAUGCUGCUGAUGAUGAUGGUUGUGGUGGUGGUGAUGGUGAUGAGGAUGAUGAUGAAGAUGACGACGAUGAUGAUGAUGAUAAUAAUGAGGCCGAAGAGGAACAGGAAGACGAAGUUGAAGAAGAAGAGGUGGACGAGGAGGAAUCUGAGCAACCACUUACUUAUGGUAAGUAAGAAACCUCCAUAAGCAACGCCAACCACAACAUUCUCAUUGAACCUCAAAUGUCUAAGAAGGAUCACCUCUCAUUCUCACCUCUUACCUCUUAUUCACAGUGAAGAAGUGUUAUACGCUGAAACGACUGUUUUUACAAACAUUUAUGGCACUAAUUGAUGUUUUACUUUACAAAUCGUAUCAGUUAUCUCAGUGCAACUGUCACGUAUUGUGGACUAGUUGACUGUGGAUAACUGAAGCGCCAUGGCUAAGGAAACACGUGCACUGCGGAAACCGGUUCCCUUGUCAGUGCCCGAGUUAAAGGUGUCGAGCUUGAGAAAAAGAAGUGUCCUCCAGUAAGCAAUCACAAAAUUAUGGCAUUUUUGGGUGGUCGCUUGAGGAAAAAAAACUUUUUAAAUGCCAAGACUGACCAACAUCAGUUUUCCCCUAACACUGAAUAUCCUUACAUCUUCAAGAGAAGAGGUCAGGAGAUUCAAUAAAAUGAUCACCGCUAAAGAUGAAAUGCUUUGAUCCUUUUUUCAAAUUUUACCAACUAUUUUUUUUUCGAAGGAAAUGUUUGGAAAGUACAAGUAAAUAGAAUCAGUGCGACAUCAGUUGCUUUCAAUCCAAAAAUCUCGAUUGAAACUGGUUAUAACUCACUUUCAUUGUGUUUAUUUUGUUUCACAGAAUUAUUGUCACAGUGGCCAACAGAAUGGAGAAAGACACUGAAACGGUAAGACUUGCUAAAGUAGAGACGUUACUAUCCUGUUUUUAUUACGUACAAAGAACCAGCUACUAUGAUAUGAAAGUUGUUAGUAAGAACAGAGCAAAAGCACCCCAAGCACAGGAAUGAGAAUUGUUUUUGUCGAACAUCAAAAUAUGUAGGGCUUGUAAAGGGGUUCUAGUUACCACUAUAAGGGAUUCAAAAACAGUGCGGUAAAUCCUUUAUUAAGCCCCCCGGGGGGCUUAUUUUUUUCAAGCACUUUUGAGGGGGAGGGAGCUUAAAAGAGAGGGGGGCUUAUUUAAUUUAACGAAAUGCAUCAACGGGAGCAAGGUUUCUCGAGGACGGACUUGUGGUUACCGUGCGCCAUACUGCUUUUUCUAACAAUAAGAAAAUGGUAACAAUUCUCCACAGAGAACUAGAGCAUAAAGUUGAAAAAGUUCAUCACAUGAAGUUAGAGGUCACGCGACCGAAGACCAAAAACAAUAUGAAUUUCCACACUGAAUAAACCAUAACCUGUCAGUCCACGUUACUUGUUUGUGAAGAAUAAGGAUAGAGGGGGGAGGGAGGGGGGGUCUUAAUAGAAAAGGAGCUUUUAUUAACUUUUCUCCUCUGAAAAGGGGGGUGCUUACUAGAGAGGGGGCUUAUUUGAGAGGGGAGGGCUUAAUAGAGGAUUCUUGGUAAUAAAUAGGCAGCAGAAUUCGUUACCUUGUUGCGAUUCCUGCGAGCUUUAGUUGUCCCGUUGCUCCCUCUAUAUAGUGAGAAUAACGGUGCAACUAAGAUUCGCUGGAAUCGCUCUGAAACAGCCCGCAAAACAUACACAUGGAGACAAGGGAAGAAAUUCUUCUGCCUUUUUGUCACCUAUUUCGGCUUCUAACUAGUGAUCGCUAUAAUCUCCAUACAAACCCCUAUAAUUACGCAACUACAAAUCUCACUCGUCAGUUUGGGAUUCCUCUGGAAAGAGCUGGUAUUGAUCUCUACGGUAUUUGAAGCAUUAUGAUGAUGACGAUGAUACUUAGAGCUCACACCCUUAAUAGUGGAACAUGACCUCAUAGCUUAGAAACCAGUAUAAGAGAAACGCCUUCCCCCUCCUCCCAGAUAUCAGCGACCUUUCGAUUCUAAGACGAGAACAAUUUCGGGUAACAGAUUUUCUCAAUACUAAGCAGUGCUCUCGCGUAAAUCAGCAUCAUUUUGGCGGCAAAACGCGAUGCCGUCGUCAUUCUACUACUAGUUUUGCAUGUUUUAGCGAGGAUGUCGUAAUGACGAAAACAAGUUAUUAAAUGUUAAAAGUUUUAUCAUUUUGUGAUCAGGAGAGAGGGCUUAAAGGGGCUGUGUCACGGUAGUCCAGUUCAUUUUGUUUAAUUUUGCCAAUUACUCGCCCUCAGUCGCUAUGGAACUUAAAGUAAGCAAAGAAAUUACAUGUAAAUGACAAAAUCAGAGAUCCGAGACAAACAAAAAUGUGUCUCCUGAGCAUAAUUUUUGAAGUUGCAAGCAGCAGGAAUCAACUUUGAAAAACUGUUAGGCUGAACAAUUUUCAAAAAUCAUAAUUUCAAUCCGUUUCAGUCUUCUUCAGUUUUGCCCAUCCGUGGCAUCUGUUGUUUCUGUUAUGUUAUUUUGACCUUUCUUUAAUGUUUUAAGCAGUUAUUUUUAUGUUUCUCUUAAUUUAACGGGCAUUUUGUAAUUACCUAAUUUGGCUGAAUUUCGUGACACAGCUCCUUUAACGUCCUUCAAUAAAGGCAAGAGUGCCAGCUUUUCUGGUGAAAAAAAAAACGUACAAUGAAACAUUCCGGGGUGUUUGGUUUUUUUUACAUUACGCGAAAAAACUGUCAGUCAAAUCUCGUAGUCGUGCUUGUCCUCAAAAAGGUCUCCAUCACUUCUCACUCUACAGCUUUUAGUAUCAUUUCCUUAUAUUACUGUAUGUGCUUUGCUUACCACAGUGUGGCAGAGUUAUGUAUAAAGAAACGUUAUGGACAAGACAAUAUGGAUUUGGAUUGCCAAGGAGAAAAGCAGCUAAGUAAAAGACAGUUGUCCGUAUUAAAAAUCAAGCGCGGUCAAAAAUCUAUAUUUCAACGAAUUUGUGAACUUGUCGUCGAAAACUAACAGUGUCAAACUAUUAUUGAAUACAGAGAAGGGUACUGACAAACGGUGCUUUUUUAGUAAUAAAGUGAAUAGUACAUCUAUGUACAUUUUUCAUGGUUUUUAUGUUUAUAAUAAUGUGACGUAUUUUCUUAUGUUAACUUUUAAAAGAUCUUAGCUUUGAAAUU